AUGUAUUUACCAGGAAGAAGAAAAGAUAACUUUAAAGAUGGUGCAACCGAUUAUUGCAAAAACAUACCUUUUGUUCUAGAAUUCGGAGGUUUGACAACAAGAGCAGGUUAUGCUGGUUAUGAAACACCAACAAUUUAAAUCCCAACAGAUUAUGCUACCAAAGGUAAUAAUGAAAUAGAAUUACUUGAAUUUUAUUCUCCUAGAGCUCCAGAAAAUAGCGAAGUUAAUAGUUUCCUAUCAUAAGGAAUGGUUAACAAUUGGGAAUAAGCUUCAAACUUCAUAGAGCAGAUAAAUAAAAAGCUUAUGCAAAUAAAUCCAUCUGAAACACCUUUGUUUUUGAUUGAAUAAGCUCUCUCUACCAAAGAUGUAAGAUAAAAAUGUGUAGAAGCUGUUUUUGAAUCAAUGAACUUCGCUGCUUUAUUUAUUCACAAAGCUCCAGUACUUUCUUCAUACGUAUUGGCCAAAGAAACCAUCUUGCUAGUAGAUUCUGGUGCAUAUAGUACUUACGUAGUUCCUAUUGUUGAAGGUUACGUUAAUUAAAAAGGUGUUAUUAGAAGCGAUAUUGCAGGAGAAUAUUUGACAAAGUCUUUAGGAAAUGUUUGGAAAUCUAAGAUUGAACCUGAAUCUUUAAACAGAUUCACAAAUUAUGCAAAAAUAACUUAAUCGAUGAAAAAUUGGGGAGCUAACGAUUUAAUAAGAGAAAUAAAAUCAAGAAACAUAAAAUUAAAAGAAACAAGACAAGAUAUAAUUAAAUUUAACCAUGCUGUAGAUACUCAAAUAUUUGAAUUGCCUGAUAAAUAAAAAUUAGAAGUUCUCAACGAAAUGUUUGAAGUUCCAGAACUAUUAUUUAAUCCUAUACCAGAAGAGAAUUUUAUGGGAUUGUAGGAUUUGAUCAAGCAAAGUAUAGAGAGAGUAGAUUCAGAAAACAGAAGAGAAUUACUAAAUAAUAUUAUGGUUGUAGGAGGUAACUCAAUGAUUCCAAAUUUAAUAGAAAGAUUACAAAGAGAAAUUACAUAGCUAGAAAUUAACACUUCAGGAAGAGUUAAAAUUUAUACAACAUAAACAAUUAAUGAAAGAGCUCAUUCAUCUUGGGUUGGAGGUUCAAUUGUAGCUUCUAUGAGCACUUUUGACAAUUUGCUAAUGACUAAGAGAGAUUAUGAUGAACAUGGUCCUAUCCUUAUUGAAAGAAAGGUACUUUUCUGA